AUGAAUGAAGAUGGGCAAUGUAACAGCGAUGGAUAUUUGAGGCCACAGGACCUCCUGUCUGAAAUUGUUGAAGCCCCUGGGACACUGGUGAACGGAUUCAGGAUGGUCCAGGAACAUGGAGUCCGUGGAUUGCGGCUCAGUCAGGAUGUGAAAGCAACUAGCUUCCCCACCUCUCUCAUCUUCAAAAUCUGUAACUACUUCCCGGCUGAAUUUUCCAUUGUUAUCACACUGAAAGCAAACUACCUGCCAUUGAAGAAGAAUGAGUACAUCUUCACUUUGCUCCAGGAGAACUCAAACCACAUGCUGCUGGGGCUGAGGGUCUCAUCCGACAAGGUCCACUUUGAGUUCUCCCACGGCGACCACCCCUACAGGCACAGGAAGCGGGCCACCUUCCGAGAUCUCUACCUAGCCGACCGGCGCUGGCACACCUUGGUGCUGGCUGUGACAGCUAACAUUGUGUCUCUCACCAUAGACUGCUGCCCCCCUGUAGACAUGUUUCUGAACACCCCAUUCCCUGAACAUCUAAACAUUGCGAGAUCUCGAUUCUACAUUGGGAGCAGGAGGAGGCGGAAGGGACUAUUUACAGGGUUACUGAGACAGCUGGUGCUGUUACCGGGAUCUGAUGCUACUCGAAGAAUCUGCCCCAAUCCCAGUCCCAGAUUAGCCGCACUCUCGGUCCCAAAGCUGCUGACAGAGCUCCCGCUGAAGCCAUCAGAGACUGACAUUGUGAAGCAUCCAUAUGAAGCUGAAGUGAAGGUGACAGUCGGAAGCUACCCAUCCUGCUCUGAGGCUACAGCUAGCCACCUCUGGUUCGAUGUCAUCAAUAAAGGCCUUUUCAUCUGCAAUGGCAAGAAUUGGGUGUCAAUCUUACAAGCUAAGGAAAGACUGGAUUACGUGGAGGACUACCAAAACCUGGUCACCAACUCGGAAACCCUCGACGUGGAGAUCUUUGAAAUCCCGAACGUCGGACUCUUUGCUGCCACGGCCAAUAAAAAGCGUCGGCCCGGCUCGACAAUCUUCAAGUGGUCGGACGGCAAGUUUGAGCCAUACCAGAACAUCACGACAUACGAAGCCCAGGCCUGGAAACACUUCUCCAUUGGCCCUCAGGUUUUCCUGGCAGUUGCCAACUUUGAAAAGAAUGAACGGAACCAGGAGUAUUCGGUCAUCUACAGGUGGAGCCAGAGGAAGCUGCGAUUUGUUUUGUACCAGAGGCUGGCGACACACAGCGCACGUGACUGGGAAGCCUUCCAGAUCAGUGGGGAGACAUUCCUUGCUGUAGCCAAUCACCGUGAAGGAGAUAAUCACAACAUUGACAGCAUCAUUUACAAGUGGAACCCAAACACACGACUGUUCGAAAGGAACCAGACUAUCCCAACGUCGGGAGCCUAUGACUGGGAAUUCUUUACAGUUGGACCCUAUUCUUUCUUAGUCGUGGCGAACACCUUCAACGGGACCUCAACCCGGAUCUACUCCAGGAUUUACAUCCAGCUGGGUGGAAUGUUCCGACUUUUCCAGUCAAUCCCGACAUACGGUGCCACUGACUGGGAGGUUUUCCGUGUUCGGGAAAGAGUUUUUCUUGCAGUUGCAAACAGCCAGAGCUACGAGACAGGGGCUCUGAACAAAGUCAACCCCUUCAAUAUUAACUCCACCAUCUACGAACUCAACAUCACUGCCCAGAUGUUUGUCAAGUUUCAGGAUAUCCCAACAAACAGUGCAGUUGACUGGGAGUUCUUCACUGUGGGCGAUGACAGCUUCCUGGUUGUGGCUAACUCUUUUGAUGGCUCCAAGUUUUUCUUAAACAGUGUUAUCUACAGGUGGCAGGGUUAUGAAAGUUUUGUCCCAGUCCAUCAGCUCCCAACAUACGGAUGCACGGACUGGGAAAAGUUCAACACAGCAGAUGGCUCAUACCUCAUCUAUUCCAGUGCCAAGGAAGACAUUUCCAAAGUGCUCAAAUUGAAGACCUAUUGA